AUGGUUAUAGUAGGGGAGCUUGUAGGGGGUGCUGUUCUUGGAGCAGCAUUUGGGGUGUUGUUUGAUGUUGUCAAGAAAGCAGUUGACAAGCCUACUACCUUUAAAUCCCUCCUUGAGAAUAUCAAGUUUUCACUGGAGUUUCUAAAGCCGGUGAUUGAAAACAUAGGUAAGCAUAAUGAAGAACUGAUUCUCCCAGAUGAAGAAAUAGAGUAUCUUAUAACAGAAAUGAAGCAGGGCGUAAAGCUUGUCCAGAAGUCAUCAAAGGUCAGUAAGUGGAACUGCAUGAAGUCUUAUUACACGGAUCAACUUAUUGAAUUGGAUGCUUCUCUUAAAAGACUUUUCCAAAUAUUGAUGGUACAAGGAGUAAGGGAUGCAAAGGAGACCUUAAUUUUGGCAAGAAAGAACACUAGCCAGCUUACUGAAUCGGUAAAGGAUGGAAAGGAGACCUUAGAAUUGGCAAGAAAAUACACUGAACAAUCAGCAAGAGAUGGGAAGGAGACCUUGGUUUUGGCUAGGAAAACUAGAAGGUUGCUCAAACAAAUUGAACAUAUAGUGACUUGCACUUCUAAAGUGAAACAUAAACAUGUGUCCUCCACAGUGUUAGUUACACCAGCUAACCAACAAGUCACGGCCCACAGCAGGAACAAAAUUUCCAAUGCGAGCAGUAGGGCAGGAACAAGUCGAGUUUUGGAGGCAUCCAACUUGAUAGUCUACCAAUUCUCCGAGUUGGCCAAUGCUACAGAGAAUUUCAAGUUUAGUAAGGGAGACUUUGCAGGGACUUUCAAGGGUUGGGUGGAUGAGAAUACACUUGUUCCGUCCAAGGUUGUCACUGGAAUGACUGUUGCUGUCAAGAGAUUGAACCAAGAAAGUGUCGAAGACCUUAAACAGUGGGAGCUCUCAGUGAACUUCCUUGGAAGGCUUUCUCACCCCAACCUAGUCAAGCUAUUGGGAUACUGUCGAGACAAAAAGGAAUUGCUCUUAGUUUAUGAGUUCAUGCCGAAUGGAAGCUUAUUUAAUCGUCUGUCUGAAAGAAAACCUGAUGAGGAACCGCUAUGUUGGCACAAGAGACUAAAAAUCGCUAUUGGAGCUGCUAGAGUCUUGAGUUUGUUGCACAUUUUACAAAUUAUACACAGAGAUAUCACACCCUCGAACAUAUUGCUUGAUGAGGACUACAAUACAAAAAUCAUGGAUUUUUCCUUGUCAGAAUGGGCGCCAGCUGAAGGAAAGUUGCAUGUGUCAACAAAAAUUUGUGGCACAAUGGGUUACAUUGAUCCUGAAUACUUGAGAACAGGUCAUUUGUCUGUGAAGAGUGAUGUGUAUAGCUUCGGCGUUGUGCUGCUUGAGAUGCUGACAGGGUUAAAGACAAUCGAUUUUGACCGCCCUAAGGAACAAAUCAAACUGGUUGAUUGGGCUACACCACUUCUUUGUGAUGAAACAAAGUUGCAAACCAUCAUGGAUGAGCAGAUCAAGGGACAAUGUUCCUCCCGGGAAGCAUUACAGACAGGAGAGCUUGCACUAAGAUGUUUACAAACAGAUCCUGAAAGACGACCUUCCAUGAAAGAAGUUGUGGAGGAAUUAGAACACGUCCGGGGAUUGAAGGAAGAACCAACCCCGUCCGAGCUUACCACCAUACAGUCUUCUUCUACAUCUCCACAAUGAUCUUUAUUUUAUGUUUUGAAUGAUAUCUCUAGAAGCCUAUAUAUCUCUGUUUCUCACUCCUCGACCUGCAUUCUCGUCCGCAACUGUGCCAAGGUUCCGACUGAGGGCAGAAAACAAAGAGAUGUCGUAUAUUCCGACUGAGGAACUAAAGAAGUACAGGGUACAGGUAGAGGAGGGGGUAGAGCUCGUGACAGACGAGCUGAAGUCCGAGUACACCAACAAAUUCAUUCAUUUGGAGAAGAGUCUAGGG